AUGACAUUUAUGUGGAUGAAAUUGUUGUUGUUCUUUGGAUUUUGGAAUAUUGAUAAAAAAGUUGUUACUUUAGCUAAAUUACUCUAUUUCAUUGGUGAAAUAAUUUUUCAUGUUUUUGCUUUUAGUUUUUGGAACAAACCAACUAGACAAGCUAGUGAAUAUGGCAAAGGUUUAAUUUCCUCCAAUGCAGUCGAUGGAAGUGUAAUGAACGACAACAAUAGUUGCUCUCAUACAACAUAUCCAACAGAUACACCCAAUUGGUUGAUGGUUGACUUAGAAGCUGAAUAUGAAAUUACAAGUAUCAAGGUUUUAAAUAGACAAGACAAAGCAGGUGAUAGAUUGAGAGAUUUUACUGUUUCUGUUUGGCAAUAUGAUCCUGGUCCUCAUAUUAAAUAUAACAUGGUGGAUACUGAAUACUGUAUUUGUGUCCAUUACCCGAACACAGCAGAGAGAGGCACCUGGACAAAUUUAACAUGUACGAAAAUAUGUAUGGGAAGAUUUGUUCUGUUUGUGAACAACCUAGAUUAUUUAUCAAUAUGUGAAUUAGAGAUAUUUGGUGAUAUAUACAAUGGCUGUUCAACACGGUACUUAUCUGAAAUGAAUAUAAAGAAAGUGGUAGGUAAACGUUCCAGUUCACCAAAUUGUACACUCUUACCAUAUGAAGUAGCCAAUGUAUAUGAGUGUAUCCAUCAAUGUUUACAGAUGAACAACUGUAUCAGUUUUAAUUAUGGUCCUAAUUUAAUCAACACUGUUAAUUGUCAAUUAGUGAGAUGUUUUUCACACCCAAAACAAGACUUUACUGUAGAUAGUGAUUGGAUUUGGAGAUAUUUGUCACAUUAA